AUGACACACCAAACAGCAUUAGUGACAGGAGGGACUGGUUUCAUCGGUUCCCACACAGUUGUUGAGUUACUUGAACAGAACUAUGACAUUGUCAUCAUCGACAAUUUAAGUAAUUCUUCUGAGAAAGUCAUUGACCACAUUCUUCAAAUCACAAAAGUUGACAGAAGUAGAAUAACUUUCUACAACUACGACCUUCUCGACAUUUCUCUGAUUGAUGAAGUGCUCGACAAACACAACAUCGACUUCGUCAUCCAUUUCGCAGCUUUAAAAGCUGUAUGUGAAUCUGUAGCACAUCCAGUAGCCUAUUAUCGAAACAAUUUAAAUGGUCUCAUGAAUUUGCUUGACUCGAUGGAGAGACACAAAAUAUUCAAAAUCAUUUUCUCAUCUUCUUCGACCGUCUAUGGUAAUCCACUUCAAAUACCCGUCAACGAAGACACUCCCCUUCAGAAACCAACAAAUCCAUAUGGUCACACCAAAGCUAUGACCGAGCAAAUAUUGACUGACUUUUCAAAGGUGCAUCCCGAUGCUUCAGUAGUUCUUUUAAGAUAUUUCAACCCCAUUGGCGCACACAAGAGUGGGUUAAUUGGAGAGAACCCUCGGGGUAUACCAAUCAAUUUGGUGCCAAUCAUCACCAAAUAUCUUGUUGGGAAAAUUUCAUCUUUAAAAGUGUACGGUGGCGAUUACAACACACGAGACGGAACAUGUAUCAGAGACUAUCUGCAUGUUGUUGAUGUCGCUAAAGGGCAUGUUGCCGCUCUUAAAAUCCUCAACAACAAAACAGGGACAAAUGCGUAUAACUUGUCUCGUGGAGAAGGGUUCACUGUUCUUGAAGUCAUUCACGCUAUGGAGAAGGCAUCCGGAAGAAAGAUAGAAUACCAAGUUGUUGAGAAACGCCCUGGAGAUGUUCCUGCAAUAUACGCGGAGUGCAAAAAGGCCGAAAAAGAGUUUGGAUGGAAGGCUGAGAUGGGGCUUGAUGAGAUGUGCGAAGACGCAUGGAAUUGGCAACAAAAGUUCCCUGAUGGUAUCUAA